AUGGAUUUCAGCUCAGGAGAUGAUGAUUCAGAUAUAAGUGAAUCUGAAAUGGGGGAGUAUGAAGAUAAAUCUUACGAGAAACUAAAGAAUGGAAAGUAUACCAUCGUGGUUUCUGACGAAACUUAUACGUGUCCCUACUGUCCUCAGAAGAAUAAGCAAACUUACACAUACAAGGAUCUCCUUCAGCAUGCUUCUGGUGUGGGAAAUAGUUGUUCUUCGAAGAGAAAACCACGAAUGAAAGCCAAUCACCUAGCUUUGGCGAAAUAUUUGCAGCUAGAUGUCGUGCCUGUUGUCUGUUCAUCGAAACCUAUGGCUCGAGAGGAUCCUCCUAGUGAUUGUGAGUGUGAUCGUGAUGAGAAAAUUGUUUGGCCGUGGACCGGAAUUGUUGUUAACAUUCCCACCCGUAGGUCUGAGGAUGGACGAACUGUAGGAGGAAGUGGAUCAAAGUUGAGGGAUGAGUUUAUCAGCAGAGGAUUCAACCCCGUAAGAGUUCACCCACUUUGGAAUUUCCGUGGUCAUUCAGGGACUGCUGCCGUGGAAUUCCGUAAAGACUGGCCAGGGCUGCAUAAUGUGUUGUCGUUUGAGAAGGCUUAUGAAGCAGAUCGCCAUGGGAAAAAGGAAUGGAGUGCUAAUGAUGAUGCUAAGAAUGGUCUUUAUGCUUGGGUUGCCCGUGCCGAUGACUACAAUUCAAGUGGUAUUAUUGGAGAAUAUUUGCGCAAGAUUGGUGACCUAAAAACAAUUUCCGAGCUCAUGGAGGAAGAAGCCAGGAAACAAGAUAGACUAAUAUCAAAUUUGACAAAUAUCAUUGAGACUAAAAACAAACACAUAAAAGAGAUGGAAGCAAUAUGCUCUGAAACUUCCAAGUCCCUCAAGAUUUUAAUGGGGGAAAAGGAGAACCUUCUUCAAGCAUAUAAUGAAGAGAUUAAAAAAAUUCAACUAAGUGCAAGGGAACACUUCCAAAAGAUUUCCAGUGACCACCAAAAACUGAAGUCACAGCUAGAAACUCAUAAACAGGAGUUGGAGUUGCGCGGAGCUGAACUUGAAAAGCGAGAGGCGCAUAACAAAACUGAAAGGAAAAAGUUGGCUGAGGAGCUUGAAGAGAAUGCUUCUCAAAAUAGUGCAUUACAAUUGGCUGCUUUGGAGCAAAAAAAGGCUGAUGAAAAAGUAAUGAAAUUGGCUGAAGAUCAGCAGAGGCAAAAGGAGGAACUUCACAACAGGAUAAUUCAACUGGAGAAAAAAUUAGACCAGAAACAGGCAUUAGAACUGGAAAUCGAGCAAUUGAGAGGUUCAUUGAAUGUGAUUAGGCAUAUGGGAGAUGAAGACGAUAUAGAAGUUCUGAAAAAGAUGGAAGCAAGUCUUAAGGAGUUGAGAGAAAAGGAGGGAGAGCUGGAAGAUUUAGAAGCAUUGAACCAAACUCUUAUUGUAAGAGAACGUAAGAGCAACGAUGAGCUGCAGGAUGCUCGCAAAGAAUUGAUUAAUGGAUUAAAAGAAAUAUCAAGUCGUGGAAAUAUCGGCGUUAAGAGAAUGGGGGAACUUGACGGUAAACCGUUCCUUGAAGCUCUGAAGCGAAAAUAUAAUGAGGAACAAGCUGAGGAGAGAGCUUCGGAGAUGUGCUCAUUGUGGGAGGAAUAUCUGAAGGAUCCGGACUGGCAUCCAUUCAAACGAAUUAAACUCGAGGGAAAAGAAGCAUAUGAGGAAGUGAUUAAUGAUGAAGAUGAAAAGUUGAGGGAUUUGAAGGAUGAAAUGGGGAAUGAAGUGUAUAACUCGGUGACUUCGUCUAUAAAAGAAAUAAACGAAUACAAUCCGAGCGGAAGGUACAUAAUUUCGGAGUUGUGGAACUAUGGAGAAGGAAGAAAGGCAAGCCUGAAAGAGGGUGUCGAGUAUUUACUGGAGAUGUGGGAAACGGCUAAACGCAGACGCCGCUAAGCACUCCGAGAGACGAAGAAGAACGUGUCUUCGGCGGCAGCGUUUUAAUCUGUGUGUAGGCGGUGUUUUAUUGAAUUCCAUGUUAAAUAAUUUUCAGCUCACAAUAGAUGUUACUGGGAAGAAACUGCAUUCAUUUUAACAUGUUGAAUUCAACCUCGUGAAUGUCGUAAUCAUCAUAAU